UUCUUGAGACUCGGGGUAUACCUGAUUUUGAAGUAAAUUUGGUGUUUAUUUUGAGGGUUUUAUGGAUCAAAAUAGGUUAUUUUUUUGUGGGUUUUGUUCUUAAGGCAUACAGAUUUCAUUUUUUAAUCUGUAUUUUGUUGUGUUUGAAUUGGGUUUCUUGUUAUGCGUUUGUGUUCUGAAUUCUGGGGAUUUAUGGUUUGUGGAUUGGUAUAUCAAGAUGGUGAUUUAUGGGUAGCAAAAGCUUGAAGGUUGGUGGAAAAGCUAAUUCAAGUGUUGGUGGCUCGAUGCCUAGCUUUGUUUCUCAGAUACCCAUCUCGAAUUCAAAUGGUACAGAGGGGAACACUGGUCAUUCCUCUCGAGUUUCUAAUCUUGUGGCGCCUGAGCAGUCCCUUGGAUUUCGUGGAGGAGUGUACAACUCCACAAGUUUGAUCGACCAAGCUGUCCACCCUGAUCUCCAGUUUGGUACAUAUGAGAAGAUGUUUCAAGGACAAAAUAGAUCUCAAUCGAAUCAAGUUUCUAAUUCUGGGGGUAAUCGUGAGGCCUGGUUAGAAUCUAAUUUGGCCGAUGGAAGUCCGCAUACCGAUACUUCAACUGAAAUGGACCCUGAUGACAAGAAUCAAGGAUUUGAUAUCGAUCCAUCCAAUCCUUUUCUAGCUUCUGGUUCUAGUGACAAACAAAAAGAAAAAUUUCCAGAACAAAAGACAUUACGACGGCUAGCCCAGAAUCGUGAAGCAGCCAGAAAGAGCCGGUUGAGGAAAAAGGCAUAUGUGCAACAGUUGGAGAAUAGUCGGAUGAAGCUAACCCAGCUAGAGCAGGAGGUCCAGCGAGCUCGAAAGCAGGGUGUUGUUAUUUCAAACUCGGGUGACCAGUCUCAACCAAAUGGCGGGAAUGGUUCCUUGGCAUUCGUAGCAGAAUAUUCACGAUGGUUGGAAGAGCAAAGCAAACAUAUAAAUGAGCUCAGGACAGCAGUUACUUCAUACAGAAGUGAUGGUGAACUUCGAUCCAUAGUGGAAAACGCCACCUCACAUUUCAACGACAUUUUUCGGCUAAAAAGAACAGCAGCCAAGGCUGAUGUCUUCCAUAUCAUCUACGGAAUGUGGACGUCACCUGCAGAACGCUGUUUUCUGUGGAUCGGUGGUUUCCGUUCAUCUGAACUACUCAAGCUUCUUGUGAGUCACUUGGAGCCGCUAACGGAACAGCAGUUGGCAAGCAUUGAUCAUUUGCAGCAAACGUCGCUGCAGGCAGAAGAAGCUCUUUCACAAGGAAUGGAUGCAUUGCAGCAAUCUUUGGCGGAGACGUUGUCCAGUGAUGCACCCGUUGUCCCAGCUGGAUCAUCAGGCAUGGCCAACUACAUGGGUCAAAUGGCAAUGGCUAUGGGGAAGUUGGGUACACUCGAAAAUUUUCUCCGCCAGGCGGAUCAUUUGAGGGAAAAGACAUUACAGCAAAUGCAUACGAUAUUGACAACCCGACAAUCAGCACGAGCCCUGCUUGCAAUCUAUGACUACUUUUCUCGGCUUCGUGCCCUUAGUUCUCUUUGGCUUGCUCGGCCGCAACAGUAAGAGUCGUAUCCGUCGGAACCAGAAGAAGGAAGUUGAAUGUAAUUUUUCAUGUACAGUAGCUUUUGUAACUCAAAUAUUACUCUCUCUAAUUACUAUUAUUAAUUAAUUAAGUAGGAGUAGCAACAAAAUAAAGUGGAUUGUUUUGUUAUUAUAAAAAAUUUCAUCAAAUUCUUAUAACCCUUAGAUUUUAUG